UGCGAGAGGAGACGCCUCCAGGGCGCUCUUGCUCGUGUUCAGCACGAGUUACGUGCUGCGUCGGGCCAGCAUGUCACACCCACGUGUCGUUAGCCCGGUAUUCAGAAACUCAUAUCAACUUUAAGCCAACGCUUCGCUUCAUUUAAUUGACGCCUGUCAUGAACGCACCAAAGGAAAUGCAAUGCGCGUCUUGAGCACGUUCACGUCAAGCGACACUUAUGUUAAGUCAAGCGCAUCGCUUUCAAGUUGAGGUUCAUUUCAGAAUACGGAGGUUUGAGCAACGUCGCAGGAGUCUGAUCUGGCUACACAAUUACACAGUAGGACAAGGUGUCCAAUUCUGGAUGACGGAUACACUGACAAAGGAGACGAAAAGAGCACAAGAGGAGAAAAAAGUGCCACGUUUAAGCAUCAUCUUCAUCGCCAUCCUCAUCGCCACUGGUAGCCAUGAAGUUGUUCGAACGCUGUGUUCUACCUCGGAAGGCGUGUACCAGGCGACAUGCGUUCUUUUUGGUGUUCAUCUUACCUUUGUGGAUGGCCCUUCGCGUAAUCACGACCCUUGCCAAGAUGUUAAGACCUACGGAACUCUUCUGGAGCGGUUACGUGGUCAACAUGCCGGGUUGCACGAUCCCCUUCUACGAUCCCUACCACUGGACCAUCAAGGACAGCGCACUGCAGAAGGCGGACAAUUACUACAAUAUCUGUGCCAAAACCACGCGACCGAACGCGGUGCGCCAGACUCUCGACGUAUUCACCUUGGACGAAAAAGUGCUCGAGGUACAUUACAACGCGUCGGCGAACGAUACCGUCUGCUACUACCAGUUGGUGCUCAGAAAUAUGACGGCUUUGAACUCGGACGCAGAUCGAGUGCUCGGACCCCGAGUGCGCGUCGUCUUCGGCAGGCCUCUGCGACAAGAGUACAUCAUGAUAACUUGCGAGGCGAACGGUGCGCACCUGUUCUCCGAAUACUUCCUCGUCCCAGUCGAUAAGCGAGACGCCGGCAAAGCGCUUUCGCCGGGGCAGCUGAAUGUUCUUAUUGUGGGACUUGACGCUACGUCACGGCUCAACUUCAACCGGCGAAUGUCCAGGACUCGCCGGUUUCUGGUCGACGAACGCGGCGCCUACGAGUUCCUCAUGUACAACAAAGUCGGCCUCAACUCGGUCCCAAACGUGAUGCCACUGCUUACGGGUGUGUCGGGCGAAGACGUGACCCGCCUCUUCAGGGGCAGUUACUAUGACAGUGUACCGGCGAUCUGGAAGGUGUACAAGUCGCUCGGCUACGCGACAAUGUAUCUCGAAGAAAUGCCUAACUGGGCCACUUUCACUGGCACCCACGGCUUCAAAGAGGCACCGACCGAUUACUACGCUCAUCACAUGAUGCUCCAGAUGCAUUAUAAUACCUCGGACGACAGAUGGUGCAUGGGUAGCAGGCUGAAGACGAAGGAAGUGCUGAGGUACGUCGGUGACAUACUGAAGUUUCACAAGGGUAGGAAGCUGUUCGCUUUCGUGUGGCUGGCGGAGAUAUCGCACGACGAUGUCCAGCAAGUGGCGUUCAUGGACGCGCCAAUGGAGCAGUUCUUCAGGGACCUCUCGGCCAGCGGCGUCAUGGAUAGUACAGCCGUGCUCUUCCUUAGCGAUCAUGGCAUGCGCAAGGGGACCUUCCGCAUGACAGAGAUAGGCCGGCACGAAGACAACAUGCCUUUCGGCCUAUUCGUCUUUCCUCGCCGCUUCCUCAGCGAUCAUCCCGAAGCGGCAGUGUUCCUGGAGAUCAACCAGCGCCGUCUGGUGACCGCGUACGACUUUCACGCGACGCUCCUGAGUCUCCCCGCUCUACUAGGAUUAAGGGCGCAGCCGUCGACCACGGGCUUAACCCUGUUCAGGCAAGUACCACCGGAAAGAACUUGCGAUGACGCCUUCAUACCGCAACCCUUCUGCGCCUGCCUCGGUGCGACUGAGAAUCUCGACGACGCCUCGUUAGGCCAGUCCUUUGCGGUCUUCGCCAUCGCUCAUUUGAACGCUCUGGCGGAGAUGCAUUUUCCUGGCAAGUGUGCCACGUGGCGUCUGGACAAAGUUGAUGAAGCGUCUAUUUUCGGAGGCAACGUGACGGACAAGACGCUGAUCCGCGUCUCACUUAAGACGCUGCCCGAAGCCCAUUUCGACGUCUACGGCGGCAUUCCAAAGGCCUCGUCUUUGGAGUACCACGUUGAUAUAAUCGACCGCACAGACAUUUACGUGAACAAGACCGCUUGUCUGAAGUGGAGCUCUUGGCAGAGGGUUUGCAACUGCAAAGACCAGGCGUGACCUCUGCAUAUAUGGAGUGAACUCGUAGAUGACAUAGUGGCGCCUGAAGACGACACAUUCACGUGAAGUUUGAGAUAAAAAUGUGUGUUCUGUUUGCA